AGUCUUUCCAGCGCAUGUCGACUGAGACGUUGUCGUCCGCCGAGUCAUCGUCGUCGUCGUCGUCGUCGUCGUCGUCCGCACCCGUGCUGGCCACCGCCGCUGCUGCACGGCGCCACGAUGCACUCGCCUGGCACCUCCGCCAUUACAUCAGCGCCGCUCCAGCAGUGAGCGUGUCGCCCGAGGGAGCUGAUGCACAGGCUGCUGCGGAUGCUGCUGCUGCUGCUGCUGCUGCUGCAGAUGCCACUCCCAGCGCGACUUCAACCGCAGCCGCCACGGCGACGACGACCGCCGCAGGAGCAACAGUCCUGGCACUGCCUGCGACCGCCGAGACCGGUCCGUCGAAGCGCGUCGGAGCGCUGCUGGCGACCAAUCGCUCAGACGUGUACGAGCGGCUCGACUUCUUGGGCGAGGGUCAGUUUGCCACAGUGUACCGCGCACGGAACAAGUCGACAGGCGAGAUUGUCGCCAUCAAGAAGAUCAAUCUGGGCAAGAUGGAAGACGCGCAGAACGGGCUCAACCGGACGGCCCUGCGCGAAAUCAAGCUGUUGCAAGAGCUGCACCACACGAACGUCAUUGGCCUCGUGGACGUCUUUGGCCAUGCUCGGUCCAACAAUAUUAGUAUUGUGUUUGAGUUUAUGGAUGCCGAUCUCGAGAAAAUCAUCCGGGAUCCAAGAAAUGUCUUCCAGCCGGGCGACUACAAGAGCUUCAUGCUGAUGACAUUGCAAGGCAUCGAGUAUAUGCACGACCGCUGGAUUUUGCAUCGGGAUCUCAAACCGAAUAACUUGCUGAUAUCCGGUGCCGGCGUCGUUAAGCUGGCGGAUUUUGGUCUUGCUCGCGAUUACGGCAGCCCUGAUAAGAUCUACACAAACCAAGUUGUCACAUUAUGGUAUCGUGCGCCCGAGCUCCUCUAUGGUGCUCGCUGCUAUGGAACCGGCAUUGAUAUUUGGGCGACCGGCUGCAUUUUCGCAGAGUUGCUUCUUCGCAAAGCACUGCUUCCCGGCAACAAUGAAAUGUCUCAGCUCACUCAAAUUUGCUCGCUAUUCGGCGCGCCCACAGAGAAAACGUGGCCUGGUGUCACUUCACUUCCAACUUAUGUCUCCGUCAAGGAUUAUCAGCCAACGCCGCUGCGUCAACUGUUCACAGCAGCAUCGCCAGAUUGCGUGGAUCUCAUCGGCAAAAUGCUCACAAUGAAUCCUUCGGGUCGCUGUACUGCCACCGAGGCCCUCCAGCAUGCGUACUUUAGCAACGAUCCACCACCCACAGCACCAGCCCAGCUGCCACGUUACGUGCUUUCUGCCAAGGAAGAACGCGAUCAAGCCAAGCGUCGUUUCGAAGAAGCUGAAGGGCUACCGUCCGGAAUGCGUCCAUUGAAGGUUGCUCGCCUUGAAUUUUGAACAGCAAACGAAAAGAGAAAAAAAAAUAACCACAUUCUUGCAACAAUAGAAAUACAACAUCACGCAGAGC